AUGAUAUCAACAUCUCAAGCUCUACAAGAAGCACUCGAAAGUACGGCAAAUAAACCUCACAUGAUAGUGAUGGAUAACGGCAGGGAAUUCACAGGAAAAGCGUUUAAAGAUGUGCUAGAUAAAUUUGGAAUCAAAAGUUGGCACACACAACCAUACACACCGUGCCAAAAUGGCAAGAUAGAGCGGUCCUGGAAAACCAUUUUCAAAUCCAAAGUCGAAGGAGUUCCAAUUGAGGAACAACUUGAAUUUCUUUUCAAAAGAUACAACGAAAUGUGGCUAAACAGAUUACUCAGCGUGUUAUACGGCAAAAAUACAUGUCCAAAGCAAGCCUGGGAUAUAAACCAAAAAAUCAUUUUUGCCGAAGAUUACUAUGAGAAGUAA